AUGAGCUACCAGCAGCGCGAGCCAAGAGCGUUGCAGACCGGUGCAAAGGGUGUUACCGAGCGGGCACAGAGCAGUGGAGGUUCAUCGCGCUCAAAACGGGGCGUUUCGGCGUCGGCGUCGGUGCCAAACGCGGCUGCCAGGUCCACCACGCCGAGAGACUCCGCACAGGCGGUUGGAAACGUGGAAACGGCACUCCUCUCACCGACACUCGGUAGUCAGCUCCUUGGCCUGGACCCCACGGCCCUCGGAGAUGGAUGUGGACCGACCACUGGAUCCAUCUUUGGCUCGGCCCGCAAUGCCCUGUACCCAACAUAUGCCUACCAGCCGACACCGUUGUUCGAGCCCGACCUCGCAAUGGGGCUCGCCGACGUCCUUGGGCAGGCGUCUGCCUCUGGUACGCAACUCCACCCCGGGGUCCCUCAGCCGGCCACUGGAGCCGACCUCUGGCGUGGUGUCCAUACUGUACCUGCGCCGCUGGGGUCGACGCCCACUGAUCACCCGUCUGUGCCGAGUCUCGACAUGCCGGUCGAAUAUGACAAAGCGUACGAGCAGGGACUGGACAUGGACAAGGUGCUCCCAUGGGCGGAUGUGUGCUUUUUCCUCUCCCUCUUUCUCAAAGACCAACACUGCCUGGUCCCAGUCGUCCACAAGCCCACGUUUAGCCAAGAUGUCCUGAACCGCCGGGACCGCCGGGACGAAGCUUUCCGUGGCCUCCUGUGCAGCAUCGUCGCCUACACCAUCUGCCAGAACCCAAUCUCGACCAUGACUCAGGCAUACGAGCGGCCGCGGCUGGUCACCAUGCUGCACCGGUGCAGCAAGGCUGCAGACACUAUCCGACACCGCCAACGCAUGACCCCAUCGUUGGUGCUGUUGGCGUCCACGAUUCUUGACUGGAUCACUGCCCAGGCGGUGGGCAACCCGCAAGUAUGUGACAUACACGCUGCGGAGGCGACUCGACUGGCACAUGCCCUCGGCCUGUCCGACGCAAACCCUCGCAACGGCGCUCGCAUGAACACUAUCGAACAACAAAUCUGCCGUCGGCUCUACUGGAUUAUCUACAGCAAGGACAAGACGGACGCCAUGUCUGGGCGCCCGAUCAUCUUGCACGAUUUCGAAGGCGUGGCACCGUUCCCUCUUGAGGUGGACGACGACUAUAUCACGACCGUCGGCUACCUCCCGCAGCCCGAGCGCAAGACCAGCUACAUGUACGGCUUUGUGACCAUUAUGCGCAUCUUCCAGAUCAUCUCCCAGGCCAUCACAAAGCACCGUUCAUUUGCCAAUGUGGCGGACGCUGGCACCGAGGAGGAUGUGGACCUCCUUGUCCGGUGGAUCGAGAACGCCCAGCGCAAACUGCACAUUAUCCUCGACGGUCUUCCUCCAUCGCUGUGCACCGACCUCAAUGACUUGAGCAACGAGGAAAUUGAGCCUGCGGCCGACAUCAACCUGUUUGGUAUCCAGCAAGCCAACAUCACCAUUACGGUCCUGUGUGCCGAGUUUGUCCUCCUGGACCUGCGCGCCUCUAUCCGCCCACACGAGGACACGCGCGCCGAGCGUGAGGAAAUGGCCCGCAAGGCGUAUGACGGGCUGUCAAGUAUUCCCUACGAGUACCUCGCGUCCAACGGCGAGAGCAUGCGCGGCAAAGUGCUGCGUAUCAUCCUUGCAUUGUUGAGCAUGACCCCCGAGCCGAUCAACUUUAGCCAAAACGUGUGGGACUGGUGGAACAUGUACUCGCGUGUCCAGUUCCUGCAGGUCAUUCCUGACGAGACGAUGCUCAUCAUCGACCAACAGCAGAACAGUGCGCACAAGCCCAGCCCGCACCUCUCGGUGUAA